AUGGUGACCGAUCAACAAUACUUGUUUGAGAUGUUCAAGCAAAUGGUCGAAGAUGGCUUUGGUGUCGAUGUGAUUCUGUUGCUCAACGUCAGCAGUAAUAUCUUACCCAAGGUGAUUGAUUAUUGCAGGAAACACGUCGAUGUCGAUGAGCUUUACCGUCUUAUAAUAUCUGCCAACUACCUUCAUAUCAAAGGGUUGCUAGAUUUGACUUGCCAGAAGGCGACUCUGAUACCAUGA